UCUUCAGCCUCUCGUCUCUGUCGCUGCUUCAUUUUGCUUUGCUCCAGCGCUUGCUCCAGCGAGAACGAAGAAGAAGAAGAAGAAACGAUCCGAUUCGAUCAGUCCGGUCGCCGUUUCCGGCCUUUUCCGUCCGCCGGCGAAGAAUCGGAAGGUCCGCCGGGGUCCGCCGAACGUACGUGCGGUGGUGAUUCUUGAAUCGGGGAGGUUUGUGGGUGCGCCAGUCGCCGCCGCCGCCGCCGCCGUAGUUUGGGGGGCCAGCCAUGUCGCGCCUGCUGCAGGAUGGGCGAGGGGUGGACGAAAUCGAGCCGCCCGGGUUCUCGAUCGGCGCCGCCAGGCCCUCGAUCUUCGAUUCGCCGGAGCUGGACUCCACGUCGGCGUCGUCCUCGAUCGGGAAGAACAGCGACGACGACACCGGGAACCGGUCGUCGGGAGGGGACGACGGCGAGGAGAACGAGGUGCAGAGCUCGUACAAGGGGCCGCUGGAGAUGAUGGACGCGUUGGAGGAGGUCCUGCCUAUGAGCAGGGGCAUAUCGAAGUUCUAUGAUGGCAAGUCGAAAUCUUUCACGAGUUUAGCAGAUGCUUCUGCUUCUUCAUCUGUUAAAGAGAUCGCAAAACCGGAAAAUCCUCUCAAAAGGCGCAGAAAUAUAUUCGCAUCCAGUCACAUGUUGGACAGAGGCCGCAAUUUCCCCCUGAGAAGCUACACAGCGGGGAUAACUAAGAGAAGACCGCUCACCUCGAGCAACAGUGCAUUGGUCUUGAAGGUUAAUGCUAUGUGCAGCUCGGAGAGUUUUAGUUCCGCGAGUGAAGACUCUAGUACAAGCUCAGCAUCACGGUCUCCUCCUCAGCUUCCGCCUCUUCAUCCACGUAGAAGGGGUUCUCAUAACCAGAUAGCCUCUCCUCCACAGAAUUCGUCUUGGCGGUCAUACUCCUUGGCUGAUCUGCAGCAGUGUUCGAGCCCGCCAAGGCCGGUCCUUUCUGACUCAAUGACUGAAAAAGCUGACCCUGAGGAUUUAGCUAGAGAUCUGUAGAUUGUGCUCGGCUCAGUUCGGUUUCGUACCCACGAGGUUCAUUUGCGUUUGGGGGGCGGUAUGGUUUUCAUUCAGGUUUUUGGAUACAUCUUCCACUUGUACUAAGUAAUUUAUUUCUCUACGAGGAUAUCAGGACGUUGCAAAACUACGAAGCGGGCAGGGCAAAGGCACAUCUGAGGUUCAAAGCCAUUGCCCAUGUAUUUUGCGGGACGAUGGACUGGUAGUAUGUAUAUAUAUGUUCACUUGCAUCAAAGAAAAGUUAGUAGUCCAUUUGAGAUGUGUUGAGUAUGUGUUCUGCUGAGUCAGACCCUAAGGCUUUUAUCGUUCAAUUUGGAAUGGAAGAUUUUUGAGGUAGUAAAACCAGGGUUACCAGGGUUACCAGGGUUAAUCUUCAGUCGGUAGUUCUAACCAAAUUUAAAUGCUGUGUAUUGCACUAUGUACCAAAAUCAUUUGGCAAAUGAUCUUUUGAUAUA